AUGCUCGAUUUCACGGAAUACAACAACGUGUUUCCCUCUGCGGGAAUCAUAAACCCCUACGACCACAAGGGGGCCAGUGCCAUCGAGACCUUCCGCAAGUCAUUCCGGGAGUCCUUUCUCUACUAUCUCCUCCUCGACCACGAUGAUAUUCACCCCGGUCGGUCGCAGUGGGCGGACGGCUUUGCUGAGGAGGCAGGACUGCCGAAGAAGUACCAGUUUCUGAUGAGGGGUCUGUGGCAUAUGGAUCGCAAAGAAUUCAAGUACGCAAUCGAAAACCUAACUCAGCCCUCUCUCCCCACCUCAUUUGCCGACGAAAUUACCAUUGCCCUCGUCCGCCUCCCGCUCGCCAACAAGCGCAGCAGCUCUGCGAGUCAAAACGAUUACACCCUUGCCCUCGCCUACUUCCACGCCGCCCAGCCCGUCUUCACCUCAUCCGAAGCUCUCGAGCUGCUCUUUGGCGCUCUGGCUCGCACCAACGUCAUCGAAGCCCUUGAUUUCUCGCGUCGUUACCCGGAGUGGAUUCGACAGCAGCUAUUUGAAAAGCUGGUGGCUUCGAUCCUGGAGCAGCCGGAGAAACUGGGAGCGAGGGGCAAGGAGCUUGUUAGCGCAUCGUUAACGGGCGAGGAGGAAAGUUGGUUUCAGGAGUUCUUGAGGCGUGGGGAGGUGAGGAAGACUAAGGGCGCAAGUGUGCUUUUGAAGAUGAGAGGGGUUGUGACGGGGAGGUUGAGCAGCACUGCUGCGUUGGAACACCUUGCCGGCUUUCCGUGA